AUGAAACUGAAACUUGCUUCAUCCCGGAAUUUUCGACAUAAUGAUAUGAUUGGUGGAGUUGGAUGGCUAGGUCCAGAAUUGAUUCUAUCAGUCGCAGAUGAUCAUAAUUUUAUGAUUACAAACACAGCAACAAAUGAAACUCAGCCUUUGAUGAAAAUGAAUGAGUAAGUUUUUUUGAAUUGCAGGCCAUAUGAAAAAUAUAUAUUGUUCAGCAACUUCUAUCCAACUAGUUUGCACAUGUUUCCAAGAUCUCAAUCAAAAGGCACACAAAAUGAUAUUUUUGCGGUUUCAACUUCUGAUGGUAAAGUGAAUAUUUUAUCGAGAAAUGGAAAAGCUGAAAAAGCUGUGGAUGCUCAUAAUGGAGCUGCUCUUUGUGCAAGAUGGAAUUCUGAUGGAACAGGGCUUUUGACUUGUGAGUUUAUUUUUCUUUUUGCUGAAAUUGAGUCAUAGUGGUUGAAAAAAUUUUCUCAGGCGGGGAAGAUGGUUUUGUGAAAAUGUGGUCGAGAAAUGGCAUGUUGAGAUCAGUAUUAGCACAAUUUGCAACAGCGGUUUACUGGUAAGAAUAAAAUGUUCAUAUUUUUUAAACGUAUCCGAUUAUUUUUCAGCGUUGCGUGGGAUUCAACUUCCUCAAAUGUUCUUUACUGUAAUUCUGAUCAAUGUUACAUCAAAUCUUUGAAAAUGCAAGUGGCACCUUUGAAAUGGAAAGCUCACGAUGGAAUUAUUUUGUGUUGUGAUUGGAAUCCAACCUCUGCUUUGAUUGUAACAGGAGGAGAAGAUUGUAAAUUCAAAGUUUGGGAUGGUUUUGGUCAAAUUCUGUUUAACUCAUCGACCCAUGAUUAUCCAAUAACUUCUGUUGCCUGGUCAGGAGAUGGAACUUUAUUUUCGGUUGGCUCUCAUAAUAUUCUCAGAUUAUGUGAUAAAUCAGGAGUGAGUUUCACGUCUUUUCAAACUUUUUCUUAUUGUGAAAUCUAUUUUUCAGUGGUCUCAUUCUCUCGAAAAAAUGACGAGUGGGUCUGUUGUUUCAAUGAGUUGGUCACCGGAUGGAACUCAACUUGCUGUUGGAACUGCAGCUGGUCAGAUUUUUUCAUGCUCAUAUUAUUGAGAAGUGAGUUGAACAAUUAAUUUUGAAACAUUAAAACAUUACUUUCAGGAGGCUCACAUAUCAGAACUUUGAAGUUGUUCAAACUCACAAGACUACAAUUGAAGUACGUGAUGUUUCCAGUGAAAUAGCCAAAGAAAAACUGGAAACCAAAGAAAGAAUUUCAAGAAUAUCGAUUCUUUAUCAGAAUCUGAUUGUGGUCACUUCCUCAUUCAUUUAUAUUUAUAGUUUCAAAAACUGGAAUACACCAAUUAUUAUGGAUUAUAAAGAGAGAACUGUCAAUAUUAUUACGCAAUGUGAAAAGUAAUUCAGAACAUAAUGAUAAUAAUACAUAAUUUAAUGUGUUAUUUUUUUAGAAUCUUCCUGGUUUCUGAUGGCUUAACGAUUGUUGUCUUCAAUUAUGAAGGGCGAAAGCUAACAGAUAUCAAUCCACCUGGCCAAGUUUUAUCACUUUUGGAUGAUAGAAAAGUCGAUUUAGCGAAUGAUACUUUGGUUGUUAGAGAUCGAGCUGAUCAUAAAAUAAUGCAUUUCUUCGAUCCAAAUACAGGAAAAACACAAGGGGAUGGAAAUUUGAAACAUGAAUAUGAAAUUCAAGAAUUGACUAUAAAUCAAUGUGGAAGUGUAAAUGAUAGAAUUGUUGCUUUCCGUGAUCAGAUUGGUGCAAUUUAUAUUGCCUUGAUAAAAACAUUUGGUGUGAGUCAACGAGUUGCCAAAAUUGGAUCACUUGUGGAACAACUUGUUUUCAAUGAUGUAACAAAUAUGCUCGGAGGUAUAUCGGAAGGAAAAAUUGGUGGGUUCUAUAAAUCAUUGAAAAACUAUUUUUUUGUUAUUUCAGUUGUUUGGCCUCUUCCCAAUAUCGCUUUUCUUGAUCGAAACCUUUUGCAAAAAUCAAUGAUCUACAAACCCGUUGGUAAUAUGGGAAAAUUUCCACAACUAGCAAGUUUUGCUGGAAACACAGUAGUCUUAAGAAAAUCUGAUGGAUGUCUGGUUCCAGUAGGUAUUUCGCCGUUUUUUUCUACAAUAAAUCAAUUGGCAUCAAAUUCAAAAUGGGAUCAAGCCAUCAGAAUGUGUCGAAGUAUGAAUAAUGAUGCGCUAUGGGCAACAUUAGCUGGCGCAUCAAUUUAUUAUAAAAAUAUGUUUGCGACUGAAAUUGCGUAUGCAGCACUCCAAGAAGAUGAAAAAGUUUCACUUAUCAAUGAAAUCAAGGAAAAAUCAGAUAAAGAUGUGAGACAGGCAAUGCAAAUUAUAUUAACUGGAAGAGUUGGAGAUGCAGAAGUUCAUUUGGAAAGAAAUGGACAUCCUUUCCGAGCAAUGAUGAUUGAUAUACAAAUGUUCAGAUGGAAACGGUAAGAGUUAUCUUGGUAAAAAUUUGUUAUUAAGAAACCUUGUUGUAGGGCUCUAGAAAUUGCAUUGAAGAAUAAACAAUAUUUGGAAGUUGUGAUGGGAUAUAGACAAAGAUACUUGAAACAACUUGGAAGAACUGAAAAUGACCCAACAUUUUUGAAACAUUUAUCAGAAGUUGAAAUCGAUUGGAUUCAUAUUCGAGAAAUUAUCAGUGCUGAACGAGCUAAAGGGGAGUAUUGA